UUUUUUUUUUUUUUUUUUUUACUAUUUAACUAUUAAAUUUUUCAUUCCAAACGUAAUAUAUAAAUUUGUUAUUUCAUCAUAGAAUUUCAAUAUACAAAUAUACAUAUAUAUAUAUAUAUAUUUAUAUUAUAUAUAUAUUUGACUAAUGAUAGAAAGUUCCAUUUUGCUUAAUUUAAAUUAUUUUAUGUUAUUAAAAGCAUUUUUAUUGCUCUGUAAAAUAUAAUUGGAAUUUCAAUUACAAGAAAUUGGGCUUCUUUAUUAUUCAACUUAUUCAACUUAAAAGUAAACAUUAUCGAUAUUAAAUUAAUUAUGAAAACAUUUUAUAUAUUUUAUUGUUAUAAUAAAACUUUCAUUAUCGAUUUAAUGAUAAUUGAUAAAUAUUACUAUUAAUGAUAACGAUAAAUGAUUAUUAAUUUAAUGAUAAACAAUAUACAUUUUUAAUUCAAGAUGACUGUUUAAAACAUUUUUUCUGUUUGGAUCUUUUGAAUUUUAAUUUAAAAUUUAAAAUUUCAAUGAUAAGAUACGUCAAUUCUCGUGAAAAAAAUCUAUAUGAACAAUGAAACAUUAUAUUUUUUUCAUCUUAAAUCCUUACACAAGGAACACAAGUAACACAAGUAAAAUACAUAUGUUAUUAAUACCUAACUACUUUGUAAUUUUAAUCGUCCCUCCUCAUUUAAAAUGCUAAAGCAUUUGCAACAGCAUCACUUCAUUACGAGAUUAAUAGUAUACGUGUUUAUAUACUCUUGAAAGAAUGCAAUCUACAAUAAUCGUGCAAUAAAAUUUUCUUCGUGAAAAUUACUUUUGGAUGGAUAAAUAAAUUUUUAAAAUUAAAAUAAUCUUCUAUUCAAAAUGAUUCCUCGAAGCAAUGUCCAUUUAAAAAUUUCAAAAUAUUCCUCGUUUAACGUCAUUAUCGAUCAUUAUUAUUUUAUAAACAAAAUAAAUUCUAUUUGAAAUUUAUCUAAAAGUUCAAAUAGGUUACUAGCCAAUCUAGACACAAAUGCAUCUUUUAUCAUAUACACACAUAUAUCAUCAUCCUUCAACACUUUAUCACAUAUUAUUAUAUUACAAUCCAAUUUCGAUUGAUUCAACAAUGAACUACUUUCUAAUCUAAUCUUCGUCCUUUUUUCUCCCUCUCCCCCUCCCCCGCCAUUCCGGUUUCGCGAUUUUUAACAAACGGCAGCAAUCGAAAGUUUUCAUUUUGACGUGCAACGUGGGCGUUGAUUCAAUGCUGAUCCAACUUUCCUUCCGGGAUCGUCGUCGUGUCUUAUUCGCGUGUUAAAACGUCACCUUCUGCUCGUCUUUGUCGCUCGUCUAGUCCCAGGCAUGCGUGAAUCGACCCAACAUGCAGCGAUGUGACGCAGCCCGCCAGGAAUAUUUUCACGCAAAAUGAUUCGUGCCCUUGUCCUUCUCUGCAUGGUCGUUCUACCUCUUGUACGAUGCCACAAGAUCCACGAACACAUGACAAGGGAAGAGAUGUUAUCGGUGUUUCACACAGGACACGAGUCUGUACCGGCGUACGAGAUUGUACCUGUGUUGCAUUCGGUGCACAAAAGGAGUACAAGGGAGCCGGAGAUACAUUUGAAGGCCUUCGGGAAGGACAUCAGUCUGUCGCUAAAGCCUACGGAAGGGUUGCUCAGAGGGAAUCAUUUGCCCAUGUGGACCGUCACGAAGAAUGCGUCGCAGCCUGAUGGCCUCCGCUAUGAGAAGGUGACGAAUGCCGACGUGGAUAUCGGUGACAUCUAUCAAGACACGACGAACAUGGCGUCCAUUCUGUUGCACCGGGACACGAAUGGGAAAGUGCUCGUUGAUGGCAAUAUUGGUUCAGAACUAGUAAUACGACCACUGCCAGAUAGGAUAUUGCACGAAGUAGUAGGCAAGAAUUCGAAUCUUCACAGAGAAGAGUUAUUGCCAAACGUGACACGAAGUAAAAGGAACUUGAAGCAUACGAAUCAUCACGUGGUAUACAAGAAAGUGAAUCGUUCAAUUGGCGACGAAUACAGCGAUUACACAUUGAUGGAACCUGACCACAUGGCCAAGAGGUUUAGAUCUAAACGAUCAAUUUCCACCAGAAGAAAGAGGGAAGCACCAUACGUAAUUUAUCCGGAAAUUCUGUGCAUCGUUGACUAUGACGGAUAUAGAUUACACGGUGGUGAUAAUGUACAGAUCAAGAGAUAUUUCGUUUCCUUUUGGAAUGGAGUAGACUUGAGGUACAAAUUAUUAAAAGGGCCAAAAAUUCGCAUCAGUAUAGCUGGAAUCAUAAUAUCACGGGGAAGAGAUGCUACGCCUUAUUUGGAAAGAAAUCGCGUCGGUCGAGAUGCAAUCGAUUCGGCAGCUGCGUUGACCGACAUGGGGAAAUAUCUCUUCCGAGAGAGACGACUUCCGGUUUAUGACAUCGCUGUCGCUGUUACAAAGUAUGAUAUGUGCCGUCGUAGGAAAGGCGGCCGCUGCACUAAGGGAACUGCCGGAUUUGCGUACGUGGGUGGAGCUUGUGUCGUAAAUAAACGUCUCGAAAAAGUGAAUUCGGUUGCUAUCAUCGAAGACACUGGCGGAUUUAGUGGAAUUAUUGUCGCAGCCCACGAAGUCGGCCAUUUACUGGGUGCAGUUCACGAUGGCUCACCACCGCCUAGUUAUCUUGGAGGACCAGGAGCCGAGAAAUGUCGCUGGGAGGAUGGCUACAUUAUGAGUGAUCUCAGACAUACUGAGAAAGGUUUUAAAUGGUCCCAUUGUAGUGUGUCGUCAUUUCAUCAUUUCUUAAAUGGUGAUACAGCCACCUGUUUAUACAACGCACCUCACGAAGACGAAGCUCUUCCUAGAGUUUUACCUGGGAAACUUCUUUCCUUGGAUGCACAAUGUCGAAAAGAUCGAGGAACGAGUGCAUGUUUUAAAGAUGACAGAGUUUGCGCUCAACUCUUCUGUUUUGACGCUGGUUCAGGAUAUUGUGUGGCUUAUCGUCCAGCGGCUGAAGGUUCCCCUUGUGGAGACGGUCAGUAUUGUCUGAACGGGAAGUGCGUGGCCGAGCAUGAAAACAUUAUACCAGAUUAUACGCAAAACAUUCCAACAUAUGUGCGCCGAGACGGCACUUUCAAUCCUACAGCCCAUAAUCGACCUCUCUAUGCUCAAUACAACAAUACAGAGUAUAGGUAUCCGUGGGAAUUGACGACACACAGCACGCCACAAUCGAAAUUCAAAUACUCCUCGCCGUCGUCGAAUCUCUUCUCGUCGACAAGCAAUUCUUACAAACGCGUCACGUCGUUCGCGACAACCCCGGUGACCAAAUACACCUACACCACAGCAAGUUAUUUAUACGCUAAUAAAUACAAGACUAAAGUAAAUAAUAGUAACGAUGCUAGUUAUAGUAAAAACGGAUAUGGUGGUGGUACCACUACCAGGAAGUACAUGAAUCACUCAUACUAUACAGUUAAUCCAAUAUCAAAGGUCACGAAUGACCUGAAUUAUCCAAAAAUUAGCCCGUUCAAACAUAAGGGCACAACGGUGUCAUUCGCAACAUCAAGCAAAAAGGAUCAGAACGGUCUUCAGAGCGAUGCUCGCGGUAAGAUAAAUAUCAAAAGACGAUACUCGCUUUCUUCUCGGAUUAUAAGAAUCUUUUCUUUAAUUCUUUUAUUAUUACUAAACGUUAUCGUCUGGAUAACAAGACUUAUUCUUGUCUAUUAUUCUUUCUUUAUUUUACUUUCUUUGCUUCAUUUUUUCUUUUACUUUUUUUUUCUUUUUUCUUUUUUUCUUGAUUCUACAGUGAGACAAAAUAUUUUUUUUGAUAGAUGUGUGUAUUGUUCAUCUAUUUUUCCUGCUACUUUUACAUUUGUUCAAUAAUUUUCUUUGUAUCAUAAUGAACAAUGUAGCCAUUAAAACGCUACAAAAUAAUUAAAAUGAUGACAAACUGACAUGUCGCAUUUCUCAUCAUCAAAAUCUUUAUCCAAGUCUGAUUGGUUAAUCAAUUCACUUGUGAGACAGUGAAUAUUUUUUGUUUCUCUACACUUUAUUAAGAUUCGUUUUCUUUCUCCAAUAUAUCUAUGUAUUAUAGCUGUUUCAUUGGAUAACUUGUGACAAUCGUGGUUUUAAAUAUUUUAAAUUUGCAAUGAUAUUUCCUAUUUACUGGAAUAAUUGGUGUUUGUUUCUGAAUGGAUAUUAUAUGUAUAUGUAUAUGUAUAAUAUGUGAACAACUAUUCCUGCUUUAUUUUAUAAUUUUUAUUCUAUUUUCUUUAAAUUUAUUUUACAUUUUUAUCCUUUUUUUUUACUUGUAUAUAUCAUGAAUUAAACAAAAAUAUUAAUUAUGUUUUUAGAACUUUGUAAAAAAAUAUUUUAAACUUUUUACUUUGUAUCUUUGUAACUUAAUACUUUGUAUCUUAUUUUACUAACGAUGUAUAUAAAUGAUUAUCCUAUAAAAA